AUGGAGAAGGCCACGGUUCCGGUGGCGGCUGUGGCGGCGGCAGCUGAGGGAGAAGGGAGCCCCCCGGCGGUGGCGGCUAUUGCGGGCCCCCCCGCGGCGGCGGCGGCGGCGGAGGUCGGCGACGGCAGCGGGGCUCGCUCGGCCUCGUCUCCUCGUGGGAUGGUGCGCGUCUGCGACCUGCUCCUGAAGAAGAAGCCGCCGCAGCAGCAACACCACAAGGCCAAGCGUAACCGGACUUGCCGACCCCCCAGCAGCAGCGAAAGCAGCAGCGACAGCGACAACAGUGGCGGCGGCGGCGGCACGAGCAGCAACAACAGCGAGGAAGAGGAGGACGACGACGACGAGGAGGAGGAGGUUUCUGAGGUGGAAUCUUUCAUUUUGGAUCAGGAUGAUUUGGAAAAUCCAAUGCUGGAAACCGCUUCCAAGUUGCUCUUGUCAGGUACUGCUGAUGGUGCAGACCUCAGGACAGUAGAUCCAGAAACACAAGCUAGACUGGAAGCUUUACUAGAAGCAGCAGGAAUAGGCAAAUUAUCUACGGCUGAUGGUAAAGCCUUUGCAGAUCCUGAAGUGCUUCGGAGGUUGACAUCAUCUGUUAGUUGUGCGUUGGAUGAAGCUGCUGCUGCACUUACCCGUAUGAGAGCUGAAAGCACAGCAAAUGCAGGGCAGUCGGACAACCGCAGUUUGGCAGAAGCCUGUUCAGAAGGAGAUGUAAAUGCUGUGCGGAAGUUGCUCAUUGAAGGGCGAAGUGUAAAUGAACACACCGAGGAAGGGGAGAGCCUCCUUUGUUUGGCUUGUUCUGCUGGAUACUAUGAGCUUGCACAGGUUUUGUUGGCAAUGCAUGCAAAUGUGGAAGAUAGGGGAAUCAAAGGUGAUAUUACACCUUUAAUGGCUGCUGCUAAUGGAGGACAUGUCAAAAUUGUGAAGUUGCUGCUAGCUCAUAAAGCUGAUGUCAAUGCACAGUCUUCAACAGGCAACACAGCACUUACAUAUGCUUGUGCUGGAGGCUAUGUAGAUGUUGUAAAGGUGCUCUUGGAAUCCGGUGCUAGUAUUGAGGACCAUAAUGAAAAUGGUCAUACUCCUCUUAUGGAAGCUGGAAGUGCUGGACAUGUGGAAGUAGCCAGAUUGCUGCUAGAAAAUGGGGCUGGCAUUAAUACGCAUUCCAAUGAAUUUAAAGAGAGUGCCCUUACCUUAGCCUGUUACAAAGGACAUCUGGAGAUGGUGCGAUUUCUUUUGGAAGCAGGCGCAGAUCAAGAGCAUAAAACAGAUGAAAUGCACACUGCUCUAAUGGAGGCUUGCAUGGAUGGUCACGUUGAAGUAGCUAGAUUACUUCUUGACAGUGGUGCCCAAGUAAACAUGCCUGCUGAUUCAUUUGAGUCACCAUUGACUUUGGCUGCAUGUGGUGGGCAUGUGGAACUUGCGGCUUUACUUAUUGAAAGAGGAGCUAGCCUGGAAGAGGUCAAUGAUGAAGGUUAUACACCACUGAUGGAAGCAGCUCGUGAAGGACAUGAAGAAAUGGUGGCAUUACUUCUAGGCCAAGGAGCAAAUAUCAAUGCACAGACAGAAGAAACUCAAGAAACUGCCUUGACUCUGGCUUGCUGUGGAGGCUUUCUGGAAGUGGCAGACUUUCUAAUUAAGGCAGGAGCUGAUAUAGAACUAGGGUGUUCUACCCCUUUAAUGGAAGCUGCUCAAGAGGGUCAUUUGGAGUUGGUUAAAUACUUAUUAGCUGCAGGAGCUAAUGUUCAUGCAACAACAGCAACUGGGGAUACAGCACUAACGUACGCCUGUGAAAAUGGUCAUACUGACGUAGCUGAUGUCUUACUUCAGGCAGGAGCAGAUCUGGAGCAUGAAUCUGAAGGUGGAAGAACUCCUUUAAUGAAAGCUGCAAGAGCUGGUCAUGUUUGUACUGUUCAGUUCUUAAUUAGUAAAGGAGCAAAUGUGAAUAGAACCACAGCUAAUAAUGACCAUACUGUACUGUCCCUGGCUUGUGCAGGAGGUCAUCUGGCAGUGGUGGAGCUACUUUUGGCUCAUGGGGCAGAUCCUACUCAUCGUUUAAAAGAUGGCUCAACUAUGUUAAUAGAAGCAGCAAAAGGUGGCCAUACAAGUGUUGUUUGCUAUCUUUUGGACUACCCUAAUAAUUUGCUUUCAGCCCCUCCACCAGAUGUCACUCAGUUAACCCCACCAUCCCAUGAUUUAAAUAGGGCUCCUCGUGUACCAGUUCAAGCACUGCCCAUGGUUGUUCCACCUCAGGAGCCUGACAAACCGCCUGCCAACGUUGCCACUACUCUUCCCAUCAGGAAUAAAGCUGCUUCUAAACAAAAGUCCAGCAGCCAUUUGCCAGCAAACAGCCAGGAUGUACAGGGUUACAUCACCAAUCAGUCUCCAGAGAGCAUUGUAGAAGAGGCUCAGGGAAAGUUAACAGAACUGGAACAGAGGAUAAAAGAAGCCAUAGAAAAGAAUGCACAGCUGCAGUCCUUGGAACUGGCUCAUGCUGACCAACUUACCAAGGAGAAGAUUGAGGAGCUGAACAAAACAAGGGAGGAACAAAUUCAGAAGAAACAAAAGAUUUUGGAGGAACUACAGAAAGUAGAACGAGAGUUACAACUGAAAACUCAGCAGCAGCUAAAAAAGCAGUAUCUAGAGGUUAAAGCUCAAAGAAUUCAGCUUCAGCAGCAACAGCAGUCUUGCCAGCAUCUGGGACUACUGACUCCUGUUGGGGUUGGAGAACAGCUUUCCGAGGGAGACUAUGCACGGUUACAGCAAGUGGAUCCUGUUUUGCUUAAAGAUGAACCCCAGCAGACUGCUGCUCAGAUGGGUUUUGCACCAAUCCAGCCUCUGGCCAUGCCUCAAGCUUUGCCUCUGGCGGCAGGUCCCUUGCCUCCAGGGUCCAUCGCAAAUCUUACAGAACUGCAAGGAGUGAUAGUUGGACAGCCAGUACUGGGCCAAGCACAGUUGGCAGGGCUGGGGCAAGGAAUUCUGACAGAAACACAACAAGGGUUAAUGGUAGCCAGCCCUGCUCAGACCCUCAAUGACACGCUGGAUGACAUCAUGGCAGCAGUCAGUGGAAGAGCGUCUGCAAUGUCAAACACUCCUACCCACAGUAUUGCUGCUUCCAUUUCCCAACCUCAGACUCCAACUCCAAGUCCUAUCAUCUCUCCUUCAGCCAUGCUUCCUAUAUAUCCUGCCAUUGAUAUUGAUGCACAGACUGAGAGUAAUCAUGACACAGCUCUAACACUUGCCUGUGCUGGUGGUCAUGAGGAACUGGUACAAACACUGCUAGAGAGAGGAGCUAGUAUUGAGCACCGAGACAAGAAAGGUUUUACUCCACUUAUCUUGGCUGCUACAGCUGGUCAUGUUGGUGUCGUAGAAAUACUGUUAGACAAUGGUGCAGACAUUGAAGCCCAGUCAGAAAGAACCAAGGACACACCUUUAUCUUUGGCUUGCUCUGGGGGAAGGCAGGAGGUGGUGGAGCUAUUGUUAGCUCGAGGGGCAAAUAAAGAGCACAGGAAUGUUUCUGAUUACACGCCUCUAAGCCUGGCUGCCUCUGGUGGCUAUGUGAAUAUUAUCAAAAUACUACUAAAUGCUGGAGCUGAGAUUAAUUCCAGAACUGGUAGCAAAUUGGGCAUUUCUCCUCUAAUGUUAGCAGCUAUGAAUGGGCACACAGCUGCUGUUAAGCUCCUGUUAGACAUGGGCUCUGACAUAAAUGCUCAAAUAGAAACCAAUCGGAACACUGCCCUUACCUUAGCCUGCUUCCAAGGAAGAACUGAAGUGGUUAGUCUUCUACUUGAUAGAAAAGCAAAUGUAGAGCACAGAGCUAAGACUGGCCUCACACCACUGAUGGAAGCUGCCUCUGGUGGGUAUGCUGAGGUGGGCCGAGUUCUUUUGGAUAAAGGUGCUGAUGUUAAUGCUCCCCCAGUGCCAUCUUCGAGAGAUACAGCUUUAACCAUAGCAGCAGAUAAAGGGCACUAUAAGUUCUGUGAGCUUCUCAUUGGCAGAGGAGCUCACAUUGAUGUACGUAACAAGAAGGGGAACACUCCAUUGUGGCUCGCAGCAAAUGGUGGGCACCUCGAUGUGGUUCAGUUGCUGGUACAAGCGGGUGCAGAUGUGGAUGCAGCAGAUAACCGCAAGAUAACUCCACUUAUGGCAGCUUUUAGAAAGGGUCAUGUGAAGGUGGUGCGCUACUUAGUCAAAGAAGUCAAUCAGUUUCCAUCAGAUUCUGAAUGUAUGAGAUACAUAGCAACCAUCACUGAUAAGGAGAUGCUGAAGAAGUGUCAUCUUUGUAUGGAAUCAAUAGUACAAGCCAAAGAUAGACAGGCUGCUGAAGCAAACAAAAAUGCCAGCAUUUUAUUAGAGGAGUUAGACUUGGAAAAGUUAAGGGAAGAAAGCAGGAGACUAGCUUUGGCUGCCAAAAGAGAGAAGAGAAAAGAGAAGAGAAGAAAGAAAAAGGAAGAACAAAGAAGAAAACUAGAAGAAAUUGAAGCCAAAAAUAAAGAGAACUUUGAACUCCAAGCUGCUCAAGAAAAAGAAAAGCAUAAAGUUGAAGACGAGCCUGAAGUUUUGACAGAGCCUCCAAGUGCCACAACCACUACUACCAUAGGUAUAUCUGCAACCUGGACAACUUUGGCAGGUUCCCAUGGUAAAAGAAAUAAUACCAUAACUACAACCAGUUCAAAAAGGAAAAACAGGAAAAAUAAAAUUACUCCGGAAAAUGUUCAAAUUAUAUUUGAUGAUCCACUACCAAUCUCAUAUAGUCAGCCAGAGAAAGUAAAUGGAGAGUCCAAGAGCAGCAGUACCAGCGAGAGUGGGGAUAGUGAUAACAUGAGGAUUUCCAGCUGCAGUGAUGAAAGUAGUAACAGCAACAGCAGCCGAAAGAGUGACAAUCAUUCACCUGCUGUGGUCAGUACCUCUGUGACGAGCAAGAAGCAGCCAUCUGUUCUGGUUACAUUUCCAAAGGAGGAGAGAAAAUCUGUUUCUGGCAAGACUUCAACAAAACUGUCAGAAACUGUCAGUGAAGUGACCAGUAAUUCUCUGUCCACUUGCACAAAGUCUGGUCCAUCUCCCCUUUCCUCUCCCAAUGGGAAGUUAACAGUAGCAAGUCCUAAGCGUGGUCAAAAGAGGGAAGAAGGAUGGAAGGAAGUUGUAAGAAGGUCAAAGAAAGUAUCUGUUCCAUCAACUGUGAUAUCCAGAGUGAUUGGAAGAGGAGGCUGUAAUAUUAAUGCUAUUCGGGAGUUCACUGGUGCACACAUAGAUAUUGAUAAACAAAAAGACAAGACGGGAGACCGGAUAAUAACCAUAAGGGGUGGCACUGAAUCAACAAGACAAGCAACUCAGUUGAUCAAUGCUUUGAUUAAGGAUCCAGACAAAGAAAUUGAUGAACUUAUUCCAAAGAAUCGUUUGAAAAGUUCUUCAGCAAAUUCCAAAAUAGGGUCAUCAGCACCUGCCACCACUGCUGCUAACAGUUCCUUAAUGGGAAUUAAAAUGACGACUGUAGCUCUGUCAUCAACAUCUCAAACUGCCACAGCACUCACUGUGCCUGCAAUUUCUUCUGCAUCUACUCACAAAACCAUUAAGAACCCAGUGAAUAAUGUAAGGCCUGGUUUUCCAGUUUCUCUUCCAUUAGCAUAUCCUCCUCCACAGUUUGCACAUGCUUUGCUUGCUGCUCAGACUUUCCAGCAGAUUCGUCCACCAAGGUUGCCCAUGACCCACUUUGGAGGUACUUUUCCACCAGCUCAAUCCACUUGGGGUCCUUUUCCUGUCAGGCCUUUGAGCCCUGCCAGAGCUACUAACUCACCUAAGCCUCACAUGGUGCCUCGCCAUAGCAAUCAGAAUAGCAGUGGUUCUCAGGUGAAUUCAGCAGGUUCUUUAACUUCAAGUCCAACUACUACGGCCAGUUCAUCAGCUUCAACGGUGCCUGGUACAUCUACAAAUGGCAGCCCUAGUUCACCUUCUGUCAGAAGGCAGCUGUUUGUCACAGUUGUGAAGACGUCCAAUGCCACCACCACCACAGUCACAACCACAGCGAGCAACAAUAGCACUGCGCCCACAAAUGCCACGUACCCUAUGCCUACUGCCAAAGAACACUACCCAGGAUCAUCCCCAUCUUCCCCUUCACCGCCUGCCCAGCCAGGAGGGGUUUCUAGAAACAGCCCUUUGGAUUGUGGAACAGUAUCUCCAAGUAAAGGGGCAUCUUCCUCUGAACAGGAAGCAAGUAGUCCACCAGUAGUAGAAACAGCAAACAGCAGAUCUCCAAACAGCAGCAGUUCUUCUGGGAGUUCAUCAGUUCAUUCUACUCAGCCACAGCCUCCGGGAUCUGUUUCUCAGGAGCCAAGACCACCUCUGCAGCAGUCUCAGGUUCCUCCCCCGGAAGUUAGAAUGACUGUUCCUCCUUUGGCAACAAGUUCUGCUCCAGUGGCGGUGCCUUCUACUGCUCCAGUGACUUACCCUAUGCCUCAGACACAAAUGGGAUGCUCACAUACUGCUCCUAAAAUGGAAACCCCUGCUCUUAGACCAUCCUCUCAUGGCACAACUGCCUCUCACAAGAGUCCAGCUCCAGUGCAAAAUUCCUCUGUUGCAGUCCUCAGUGUCAAUCACAUUAAAAGACCUCACAGUGUUCCCUCUUCUGUCCAGCUACCUUCAACCUUAAGUACACAAAGUGCUUGUCAAAAUUCAGUACAUCCAACAAAUAAGCCUAUUGCUCCCAAUUUCAGCACCCCCUUACCAUUUGGGCCCUUUAGCACAUUGUUUGAAAACAGCCCUACUUCUGCUCAUGCCUUCUGGGGAGGAUCUGUUGUUUCAUCUCAGUCAACACCAGAAUCUAUGCUAUCAGGAAAAUCCUCCUAUUUGCCAAAUUCAGAUCCUUUACAUCAGUCUGAGACUUCCAAAGCUCCAGGUUUCAGACCACCAUUACAGAGACCCACUCCAAGUCCCUCAGGUAUUGUCAACAUGGACUCGCCAUAUGGUUCUGUAACACCUUCUUCUACACAUUUGGGAAACUUUGCCUCAAAUCUUUCAGGAGGUCAAAUGUAUGGACCUGGGGCACCCCUUGGAGGAGCACCCACAGCUGCUAACUUUAACAGACAGCAUUUUUCCCCACUUAGUUUGUUGACUCCAUGUUCAUCAGCAUCAAAUGAUUCUCCCACACAGUCAGUAUCCUCAGGAGUUCAUGCACCUUCUCCUACCCCAUCAUCAGUACCUUUAGGGUCAGAAAAGCCCAGCAAUGUCUCUCAGGACAGGAAAGUUCCAGUCCCUAUUGGGACUGAACGUUCUGCACGUAUCAGGCAAACUGGAACUUCAGCUCCAUCUGUUAUUGGAAGUAACUUGUCCACAUCAGUAGGGCAUAGUGGCAUCUGGUCCUUUGAAGGGAUUGGUGGCAAUCAAGACAAAGUAGAUUGGUGUAACCCUGGGAUGGGAAAUCCUAUGAUUCAUAGGCCAAUGUCUGAUCCAGGAGUGUUUUCACAGCAUCAAGCAAUGGAGCGAGAGAGUACAGGAAUUGUAACUCCUUCUGGUACAUUCCAUCAGCAUGUUCCUGCAGGAUACAUGGACUUUCCUAAAGUUGGGGGUAUGCCUUUUUCUGUAUAUGGGAAUGCAAUGAUUCCUCCAGUAGCACCUAUUCCUGAUGGUGCCGGAGGACCCAUAUUUAAUGGCCCUCAUGCUGCGGACCCCUCUUGGAACUCCCUGAUAAAGAUGGUUUCAAGCUCCACAGAAAAUAAUGGCCCUCAAACGGUGUGGACUGGACCUUGGGCACCUCACAUGAACAGUGUGCAUAUGAACCAGCUUGGCUGAUGAGGAGCAUCUUGUUAGCCUGCAGAUUCCUUUUCAUUCAGAGGAAAUCACAAGUGGCCGGAAAAAAAAUUUAUGCUCCCAAAUCAUUCUACUGAUGUGCUUGACUGAAGUGUGUAGGCUUUUUGCAGAAGAACUUACUAACUGACCUAUUUUCUGUGAACAUUUGUGACUGCUCAUCCCCCAUCAUCAUCUGUUUUACCUUAGUUAGCAUUUUUCUUAUCAUUUUUCUUUUUUUUUCUUUUCCUCUUCCCCUUUGGACAUAACUUUCUGUUGAAGCUGUUCUUUGGCUGGUUGGUUUUAGUACUGUAAACUGCUUCUGAGCAAACACGGAAAUUUAGCAAAAUUAUGUAAACUUGAUCCUGAAGUUUUAGAAUGGCAAAUAAAUGUACAAUUGUUUACAUAACAGAAAAGGCUAAGCAGAAAGUAAAUUUCAAUAUGUCAGUAUAGAGGCUCUACUUUACGUAGACUUAAAUUAAUGUGAGAUAUGUACGUUCAUAUUCAGAAAUCUGGAUGUUUUCCUUCAUACAUUAAACUAUUAAUAAGCAUAA